ACCUGCAGACUGAAUUAAUUGUCGACGUUCCAACAUUGACAUGAAGGACAGAUCUUAAAUAGAAUUUAGAAGAGUUGAAUAGAUAAAUUUGGAUUCAAUGCCAUCAUUUUUUCAACAAUAUUAUCUCCGCCAUUAUGAACGACACAGUCAUUGCAAUAGUUGGCAUUGAUGAAGAUAGAUUCAUACGUAUUCAAAAGCUGAUGGGUGCUGCUACAGAUGCUCUCCGACAGAAAUUUGAUGAACGGCAUCCACCAAAAACACUUGAAGAAACACUUAAGUUUUACAAGAAAGGCAUUAUGAAGAAUAUAAAUCGGACAGAUCAAGAAAAGUUAUAUCCAAAAAGUGGUCAUCAUGUACCAUCAGCUGAAAUGGACUUGACGUUACUGGUGCGUGUGUUACGAAAUACUGAAAUAGAAGAACCAUUAUUUGGCUUUGAUUGUAAACCACUUGACGGUGAAAUUAGUUUCGGAGCAGAUGUUGUUCGUUUGAACUUUUUCAGGAACGAAUUAAAUCACUCAAUUGUCCGGAAACUAAAUAAGCAGCAGUUUGAAAGCAUGUCAAACACAUUAAAAGAGGUUAUUCACAGACUCUGCAAAUCAGGAUCUGAUGACCAUAUAAGACUAAUACUGACGGAAAGUCUCGAUUACCGUGCAGGAGAAAUUACUUGGCAUCUACAAAAGACAAAAGAUUUGGUACUAGUUGCAUUCAAAAAGAAGGUUAUUCAACCUACGUGGGUGUCAGUCAUUCAACUAAACGACCAGCAGCCACUGCACUAUUUAAUUGGUGGAGGUACCCUCCUAGCAUACAUCAUGCAGAAUAUUUCUGCAUUUUCAUCACGUGAAGAACUUACUACCUACCUUCGUCAUGUACAGAACCUUACUGUGAAACAAUGUAUUUUUAUUCUAAAUAAACUUGCAGAACUCAACUUGUAUCAAACAAAACAAGAUAAUUCGCGAAAUGAUUUAACACCUGGUGAUCGAAGGACAGAAGGACAUGCUACCUGUUCUGGCUCACAUUCUACUCUCAAUUUAGAUUUACAAGAAAUUUGUUUGCAAUGUGGAAACGUCAAAAAUACGUCUAAGUAUUUUUCGAUGCCAAUUCCUAUGGGAGAUGAUGGUUUACGUAACAUUCCGCGCUUUUGCGAAUGCCAAAAACAAGUAUAUGAUAAACAUUUCAAACAAUACAUUUCCACGCACAGCAACACUGAAAUCAAGCCGUGCAAUUCACCAUGUCUCUUAGAUACUGAAUCUUCAAGUAAAAUUCAAGAUUUGGCCGCGGCACAAGCUUACAAAGAGCAAUUUCCACGCACAGCAACACUGAAAUCAAGCCGUGCAAAUACGUCUAAGUAUUUUUCGAUGCCAAUUCCUAUGGGAGAUGAUGGUUUACGUAACAUUCCGCGCUUUUGCGAAUGCCAAAAACAAGUAUAUGAUAAACAUUUCAAACAAUACAUUUCCACGCACAGCAACACUGAAAUCAAGCCGUGCAAUUCACCAUGUCUCUUAGAUACUGAAUCUAGUAAAAUUCAAGAUUUGGCCGCGGCACAAGCUUACAAAGAGCAACCAAAUAACCAUCAUAAUGCCAAUGUCACUCACGUCAGUAAAUUAUGUUCAAACAAAAAUGUCUAUGGUCUCACACAGCCGGCUAGUGACAAUGGCCCUUUUAUUCGGAAAAAAAGUGAUGGACACAAUGAAUUUUGUGGCUUAGAAGUGUACUUAAGAUCGAUUCUCAUACUUUGCAAUCUUGAAGUUGUAAUGGUCGUUUCAUUUAAAGUGUUACACCCUAUUUUUAAAGAAAUCUUUCAGUCACAAGAAUAUGCUACAAUCGCAACACUCAUUUUUGACCUUUUGUGUUUGGUGUUAAUGAUAUUUUUUUCAAUGGAAUAA